AUGUACACCAAACGCAACGACGACCUCAUGGAGUCGCUUGGGCCUUUGGAGAAGAGAUCUGUCAGGGAGAAGGUAGGCGAAACUAUGUGUCGGAGUGAUGAAGUUGACAAUCGCCAUAGAGAAGAUCAAACACGUCCUGUGGAAGAGGUCAUGGACGAUGGCUUGGCUUCUGGCUCCUCAGGAUCACAGCGCUUCUCGGAUACUCAAGUCUUUCAAGCUCCCGAUCUUCCAAGUAGGAGGAAUUCGUAUCAGAAUCGAGCUCCCGAGUCAGUCUCCGCGUCUUCCAGAUCUGGUCAGUCGCCAUUUACGCCAGCAUCUUUUGUUGCAAACUACCAGGAUACACGAGGGUUGUCACUGGGUGCAGCUCUCGACUCCGACCGGUCGGUUGAAGGAGAGACCAGAGACUCUCUAGAUACGCUCCUUCAGCACAAUCUAUCCGAAGCAGUGAUAUCACAGAGAAAACACGAUCCUAUUGACAUGGGACUUAUCAGUCGACCAUCUGCACAAAAUCUAUAUGAAGGAUUCUUCAAGCACUUCAACUCCCUCGUUGGACUCCUCGACCCCAGUCUCUACACGUUCUCCUAUACAAGAUCUAGGUCAAUUCUCCUAUUCACCAUGAUUCUUGCAAUUUCAUCACGGAUCUUCCAACCAGAAUCUCAUAAGCCUAUACGAGAUCAUGCCGAGUUUCUCCUUGGCCAAGCUUUACUCGCAUGUGACUCAGCAGUCGAGAACAUAUGGGCCAUCAUCUGUAUGUAUCACUGGAAAGACGCGAACGAUACAAGAGGCUACACCUUGAUCGGGUUUGCGAUUCGAAUGGCAGCUUCAGCAGAAUGGAAUAUGACACGAGGACGUGUCUCGUAUGACAACCAAAGAUUUGAGGAGUUGGGAGAGCUUCAAGUGCGGCAGAGAAGAGACAAAGAUCGGGUGUGGAUGGUACUAGGAAAUAUUGAGCGGAUAUCAAGUUGCUUUACCGAUCGGCCUCUAUCACCAACAGUCGUUCUCGACCAUGCAGCCUCUAGGCAGUGGAUUGCCCUGACAGAAUGGACAUAUCCACUCGGAGAUGGAAAGGCAGUUGCUGGCCAUGAGUUGACGAGCAUUGCCAGCCAGGCUCAUGAGAGCACGACGAGAAGCAGUAUCGACUCUCGUCUUUCUCCGUCAGCGCUUAAUUUUGAGACAUUCCAAAAGGACAUAGAUGACUUUAACAACAGUAUUGCUGCCUGGGGAGACUAUUGGCAUGCUACCUUCGAUACGUUUCCCAACCCAGAGCCUUUCCAAACACCUCUGGUCUGUCUUUUGAGAGAUUACAUCCGUCUGUACUCCAACUCGGUAUUUCUACAUCGAAUGAUCGUCUCGGGAAGCAGAUCUACGCCGCAGGAUCUCACCACUCAUACCGCUCGAGUCUGUUUCUGCAGUGCAUUGAGUGUACUGCGACAGGCCAUCGAAAUGGGAGAGUUAGAGAUCAUCUACUACCUCUGGGAUACAGCGCACCUAAUGAUCGCCUUCUCAGCAAUGAUGAUUCCAAAACUACUACGGCAAGAUAUCGACGAGUCAUCGGUCUCAAAGAACGCAGCUAUCAAUACGGUGACUCAAGUUACGUCUGCAUACUUCAGUGCCGCCAAGUCAAUAGGCACCUCUGAUCCAGAGAACAACACUGUCUUGGCUCAAGCUCGUCUCCUCUCCGCCAUUCUAGCACGACUCAAAGCCGAACUGGCGCAAACGAAUCCCGACAUGAUGUGUCCGACUAUGCCUGACAAUCUCUCCAUCUCGGGGCUCUCCUGGAUCGAAGACCAGUUAAACAGGUCUACGUUCUUCUCUGACGGAAGGAUGGAACCGCCGUUGUCCGAGUACGUUGACAUGGACACCCAGACCGUGGGGCCGAACGAAGAUAUGAGCUCGUUCAUCCCGCAUGUGUACGAGGAGUUUGACCUCAUGUUGGAUGAUGAUUUUGUGAGCGCGAAGUAUUUCGAGGUUGGGUUGCUCUCAUGGAAUGAGCCGGGCAUAUUUAUACAGCCUCGUUAG